AAACAACACAAAAAAACACGACAUCGUGGAUUUCGGCGGUCGUGUUGCCACGAAGAUGCCAUGGCAUCUUGGGCUUGUGCGGGACACUCACUUUCGCAUUUGCUUGCCUGCAAAAACACCUCAAUCAUGGCCACGACGACAACGACAACUGCUGGUGCCCCCAAGAUGAAGCUGGUCGGGUUCAAGAACUUUGUCCGGCACAACCCCAAGACGGACCGCUUCCCCAUGCACAAAUUCCACCACGUCGAGUUCUACUGCCAAGACGCGACGAACGUAUCGAAGCGGUUCGGGUGGGCCGCCGGACUCAACCUGGUCGCCAAGUCGGACCAGAGCACGGGCAACCACGCGUAUGCGAGUUACGUGAUGCAGUCGGGCGAGCUCCAGCUCGUGAUCACGGCGCCGUACUCGCGCCAGCAGCAAAAGGCCGAGUCGACUGCCCCGCUGCCCUACUUCGACGUGCCGUUCGCCCACGAAUUCUGCGCCAAGCACGGCUUGGCCGUCCGCGCGAUGGGUGUGUCUGUCGAAGACGCCAAGGCCGCGUACGAGAUCUCGGUUGCCCACGGCGCUGAGGGCGUGAACCCCCCUCGCGAGAUUAAAGAUGCCACGACUGGCCAAGUCACAGUUGUAUCGGAAGUCAAGCUGUACGGCGAAGUCGUCUUGCGCUAUGUGUCUGGGAACUUCACCGGCCGCUACCUGCCCGGCUACGAAAACGUGGAUGGACCGGAUGUCAGCAUCGGUCUCCAACGCUUGGACCACGCUGUCGGCAACUUGCCCAACUUGCUCGAAGCCAUGGAGUACGUGUGCGGGUUCACGGGCUGGCACGAGUACGCCGAGUUCACGGCGGAGGACGUCGGCACGGUCGACUCGGGCCUGAACUCGAUGGUGCUCGCCAACAACAGCGAAAUGAUCUUGCUCCCGAUGAACGAGCCCACGUUCGGCACCAAGCGCAAGUCGCAGAUCCAGACGUUCUUGGAGCAAAAUGAAGGGCCCGGCCUCCAGCACAUGGCGCUCAAGACCAACGACAUCUUCCACACGAUGUCCGAGAUGCGCAAGCGCACGCACUUGGGUGGGUUCGACUUUAUGCCCAAGCCGUCGGCCGCGUACUACAAGAACCUGCCGACCAAGAUCGGCGACGUGUUCACGGCUGCCCAGUACGAGCAGAUCGAGCAGCUCGGGCUGUUGGUGGACAAGGACGACCAGGGUAUUUUGCUCCAAAUCUUCACCAAGCCGCUGGGCGACCGCCCCACGUGCUUUUUCGAGAUCAUCGAGCGUGUGGGGUGCAUGGAAGAAGUGGCCGGCCGCCUCGAACAAGCUGCGGGCUGCGGUGGCUUCGGCAAGGGCAACUUCUCGGAGCUGUUCAAGUCCAUUGAAGAAUAUGAACGCACGUUGGACGUGUAGACAUAGUAGAACAUGAAAACUUGAAAUGGAAUCCCUAGAUUUGUCC